AGGCCCGGUGCUGGCGGGCUGCAGCAGGUGCAGGGCGUCGCCAGGGUCACCAGGGUCACCAGGGCCGGGGGACGGGAGGGUGCAGAGCUUGGCUGGUGCUCUCAGAGACACAAAGACGACGAGAAUGGUGUGGGAAGGAGGACCCUGUGUUGCAAUCGCCUUGUUUCCCCUCCGGAGGCCUAAGCACGAGUCACCCACUCGGGGCGGAACGAUUUCCGGGAUGGGCCUCAUAGUUCAUUUCCGCCCGAAACUCGCGUCUGCGCUUGCGCCAUUUCCGCCAGCCCCGAGGGCCGCCUCCCUUCCCGCCUCCCUUCCGGCAGCGUCCCAAGCCCAGGCCUCGGCCCACAGCUCCGAGGGUCCUCGGGGGCGGGGAGCAGGUCCGAUGAGUGGCCCCUCCCCGCAGGCCCCCGAGGAAGGAGCCUCUACGUCUGUCUGCCGGCCCAAGAGUUCCAUGGCCUCUGCUUCCCGCCGGCAACGCCGAGAGCGACGCUUCCGGCGGUACCUGUCUGCAGGACGGCUGGUGCGAGCCCAGGCUCUCCUCCAGCGGCAUCCCGGCCUCGAUGUGGAUGCCGGGCAGCCCCCUCCUCUCCACAGGGCCUGUGCCCGCCACGAUGCCCCGGCCCUGUGCCUGCUGCUGCGUCUCGGGGCUGACCCUGCCCACCAGGACCGCCAUGGCGACACGGCGCUGCACGCUGCCGCCCGCCAGGGCCCUGAUGCUUACACGGACUUCUUCCUGCCACUGCUCAGUCGCUGCCCCUCUGCCAUGGGGAUAAAGAAUAAGGAUGGGGAGACUCCUGGGCAGAUUCUGGGCUGGGGACCCCCCUGGGAUUCUGCUGAAGAGGAAGAGGAUGAUGAGAUCUCCAAGGAGCGAGAGUGGCGGCAGAAGCUGCAGGGCGAGCUGGAGGAUGAGUGGCAGGAGGUCAUCGGGAGGUUUGAAGAUGAUGCUUCUCAUGAGACGCAGGAGCCCGAGUCCUUCUCAGCCUGGUCAGAUCGCCUGGCUCGAGAGCACGCCCAGAAACGGAGGCAGCAGUUGUGGGCAGAGAGAUCCUGCCGACCCCCAGGGGCUGGGGGCUCCAGUCACAGCUGGCGUCAGCAAGAGGAGGAACAGCGGCUUUUCCGAGAGCGAGCCCGGGCCAAGGAGGAGGAACUGCGUGAGAGCCGAGCCAGAAGGGCUCAAGAGGCUCAGAGGGACAGAGGGACAGAGCCUCCCAGACCUGGGCCCAGGGCCGAGCACCCACGAGGGGCAGGGCGGGGCAGCCUCUGGCGCUUUGGUGAUGUGCCCUGGCCCUGCCCUGGUGGAGGGGACCCAGAGGCCAUGGCUGCAGCCUUGGUGGCCAGGGGUCCCCCUCUGGAGGAACAGGGGGCUCUGAGGAGGUACUUGAGAGUCCAGCAGGUCCGAUGGCACCCUGACCGCUUCCUGCAGCGAUUCCGAAGCCAGAUUGAGACCUGUGAGCUGGGCCGUGUGAUGGGAGCCGUGACAGCCCUCUCUCAGGCCCUGAACCGCCAUGCAGAAGCCCUCAAGUGACCCUAGGGGAUGAGCAAGAACCUGUGAGGCUGUAGCCUCGAGGACAGGCAGGAAGAGGCGCAAGGUCAUGGAUGGGGAUGGACAAGAGGCCGCUACUGCACAGAGAGGAUAUGGGGCAGGCUCACGUAAUGGAUGCGGGGGUGGGGGGAGGGAGGCUCUACCACCACCGCUCUUGACUGCCAUUUCCUAAUAAGACCUGGUUCCACAUCUCACUCCAGAGUCUUCUCUGCUUUUUCCAUUGCUAUGGUUUUCAUCACCCAUGACAUCUCCUUUCCCGCCCAGCUGUUGAAACCCGCAGCUCCCACACACCUGCAGCACAUAGUCAGACAGGGAGUGCUGUCAAUAGAGACCAGAAGCCCCCCACCCCUGCCCUGGCUUGAGGUCCCUUAGAAGGCCCAGUUUGUCCUUCAAACCCCCUCUGCUCCCUCCCCAGGGACCUGACCACUCCACAGUCUGCAGCUGAAGACAGAUGUGAACAAGUAGAGAAAAGGGGAACAAACCACCCCCAACCCCCCUUCGUGCUCCCCAACCAGAACCACAUCCUCCUCCCUGCUCGCACCCCUACCCCAACACAGGGCUUUCCCUCUGCUGAGUCACCGAAUGAGCUGAGUUGGGGGCAGCCGGGGCUGGGACCAUAAGGACCUAGGAGGGUAGAGCAUAGAAAGGGGAUGGAGGAAGAGCCUAUGGGGGAGGGAAUUUCAGUUGCUAAAAUUAGAAGCGGGAAGGAGGCCGGAAAGAGCCAGAUUAUGUAACCUGGGUUGUCUGUUCUUGGGCAACUAGAGAUCCACACCCGAGCCUAUCUGGGCUCCUGGGCAGCUCCUUCCCUGGUUUCUCAGUCUCGUCUCUCUGGGGCUCCAAUCCCGGUAUCUACUGUUCGAUUCCCCAACCCUAAACUUGGGCUUCAGCUCUGGGCAACUCAGGCUUGGCCUUCCACAUAAACAUCUCCUUCCCAAGAACCCAUAGUUAAGGUCCUAGGGGUUAGAGAGAAAGGGUCUGAGACAUGGAAGGUGGGACGGGAAAUCCAUCAUACCACUGUUCAAAUUCAGCAGCUCUCUGGAAAUGGAGAAAUUGUAGGCAGAUCCCACUACCAACGCCUAAGACACAACUGGGAACUCAGGUUUUUUGGGUUUGGUUUGGUUUGUUUUAAAGUAGAGGCAAGACAGAACAAAGUAUUGUGCAGUUAGUUGUGUGUGAUCUGAAAGGGGACCAUCAGCACUACAGCCCAGGCCUGCUGGAGGGUCCCGGCAUUGCGCAGGAAGAAGCUGCUGGAAAGCCGGGUGGUGCUGGCACCGCAUGCCUUUAAUCCCAGCACUGGGGAGGCAAAGGCAGGAGGAUCUCUGUGAGUUCGAGGCCAGCCUGGUCUACAGAGUGAGUUCCAGGAUAGGCUCAUCUACACAGAGAAACCCUGUCUCGAAAAACCAAAAGAAGGAGAAGAAGAAGAAGCUGCUGGAAACAUGCAGUGGGCCUGAGACCCGGGGAGAUGUUGGGGAGGUUAGGAAGAGGCCCAAGGCCAGGCAGAUGUCGAGCAGCAGGAGGAAGAGCUCUGUGAGAGGAAGCUGCUGUGAUUCGGAGAAGAGUCUUGGAACUGUGAGCAGCCCAGGCAUCCGGUUCCUCUCACAGGCUGGGGAUUUCGGAAGUGGCAUGCAAAGAGCCCACAUGGAGUCAGAGUCGACCCCUGGAGCUGGGGUCGAGAGGAGCAGCCGGCGUGUGGACUGGAAACACUUGGUUUUCUCCUGUACAUGAAUUACCUGAAACCAAGAUAUGCUGAUACCCCCUCCCCCUCCCCCUCCCCGCAGACCUCCCUCUCUAUCCCCCCCUGGUGUCUGGCCCCCAGCCCUGGUGGGGGUUCCCCUGAGAUGAAGGCUGUUCACUUUCUCUGACCACAUGGUUUCCGCUUCUGCAUCUCUCAUUUCCUAGGCUGAUAAAAAUACUGAGUCCCAGAGGCCCCGGCUUCCUCUGACCCCCUGGUACCAGGCAGCAGGCAUCCUGUCCCCCAUGGUGGGGGUGGGGAGGGAGCUCAGGGAUCCCCAAGGUUGACUCAGUGCCUGCCGUGGGACAGUAGUUGCUGUGGAAAUGUGUCCCUUCCAUCAAGUUGGUCCCAGGAGUUGGAUCUCUGGGGUGGGGUACUUCGGGGCUCAAUUUGAGAAAAGAGGUUAGGAAAGAAACUAGAGAUGGGAUGUCAGCCUGGGGAUUGAGGUGGGGGUGGGUUUCAGUUAAAUUAGGAAAGGGGCCUGAGCUUCUGUUUGGCACAGUAUCAUGUAACCAAAGAAUUCAAACCCUGCUUCUGGGGACAUACCCAUACCCCAGUGUGUGAAGGCAUGAAGAGCAGCCUUCAUAGCAAGGCCCAUGGGAUGCAGUCAGGAGGCUCCCCAGAGGGUAGGAACAGUGAAAAUGCCUGCAUGGGCUGAGGCUGAGAAGCUAGAAAACAGUGUGAGCUGGUGUGAGCUGGCGUGAGCUGAUAUGAGCUGAGCAUCUUGAAGUGAAGAAGCACAGGUUUGAGGGCUGUGUGCAAAGAAGGCUGAGGGCAGGGAAUCGGGACUGGUGCUGUUUGGUGACCCUGGGGCAGCUGUGAAGUUGAGAGUGGGUGGGUGCUGCAGGGCCAGGCUGAAUCUCCUCUGUGUUAGCUCACCCUUUUCCAGUCACUAAUCCUGCCGGGGACUCCAGACAGAUCUCUCAAGACAGGGCACAGUGGCUGGCGGAGUGCUCUUCCUGAAGGGACUCAGAAGCAGAUCUGUGCCAUCUCCUGCUCUCCAGUCUCAGCCCUUCCACCUCUCCCAGAGCCUCUCACACGCUGGAACUCUUGUCUCUGGUUACUGAAGCUAGGACUCCUUCAAAGGACCACCCAUAAAACUUAACUUCUCUGUCCCUCCAAUUUUCCAUGUAAAUAAAUUCUUUGGACCAUG